UGCACUGAAACACAUACCAACCAACAAACAAAAACUGUGAACUCAGAAAACGAGUCCACAUAUAUGAAUAAUUCAACUCAAUCCAUUCCCCUUGUGGUCUUCCUAACUGAAGUCAGCUUCAAUUUCAACGUCAAUCAUUUUGAUUCCUUCUUUCUUUCUUUUUGGCUGUUAAAGAAUUAGUCACAAUAUCUUAAAUUAAUAACCCCUUCAUUUUUUAUUUUUUUCAAUUCUUCUAGACAAAAUCUUGAUUGGUCUUUUAACUUUUUUUUUUUUUUUUUGUAGUAAAUUAGCAGUUUAUAUAUAUAGUAUAUAUAUACUUUAUUUGUUGCAGGAGCUGAGCUUUUUGAGGUAGUGUCUCCAAGAAUGACUAGUUCUGGUAAAGAAGAUCAAGAUCAGAGCAAAAUCAAUGGCAUUGAAGAUUCUAAAACGACAAUUGAAUUUCUCCGGGGGAGAUUAUUGGCUGAAAGAUCUGCUUCAAGAACAGCAAAGCAGAGAGCUGAUGAACUGGCACAGAGGGUCUCAGAGCUCGAAGAGCAGCUAAAGGUUGUAUCUCUGCAAAGAAAGAAAGCUGAGAAGGCCACAGCAGCUGUUCUGUCCAUAUUAGAGGACCAUGCAGUAGAUGAUGUUUCGGAGGAAUUUAGUUCGGGCUCUGAUGAAGAAACAAUCUUAUCUGAUUCAAAAGAUGCUCAAAAUAAAAAAGAGGGAGGGGAAAUUUCCUCAAGUGCCAAAGAAAAAGAAGAUGACGUGGAUACAUUCUCAAGUUCGGGGAUUGCUUCUUCUCCAUCAACUGCCAGAAGUUUGUCGUGGAAAAGUGGCAAAAGUUCUUCACAUUCUUUAGAAAGGAGAAAAUACACUGAUUCUAAUAGGAGGAGGUCUAGUAACUUUUCAUCAACUGACAUUUCUUCUUCAAAACGUGGUGGUAAAUCAUGCCGACGGAUAAGGCGCAGGGAUACCAGAUCAGCUAGUGAUAAGUUACAAAAUAGUUCUGCUGAAUGUGCCUCUGAGGCUCUUCCAAGUUCUGCUAACAAUGAGCAACAAUCUUUGACGGCCGAAGCUGGCAACAGUGAUGCGAAUGAUCAAGUGCACGUUUCUGCAUCAGGUGUGUCAGAAAAUGGAAGGCAAGCAGAUAAGAGUGAUGAAAACAGGCAAAGAGCUUUGCAUCAGCAAGCACAAGUUACAAGGCAAUAUGAAGCUGAGGAAAAAGCCCAGAGAGAAUGGGAAGAGAAGUACAGAGAGAGUAACAGCUGUACACCGGAUUCAUGUGACCCUGAAAAUUACUGGGACGUGACUGAAGAAAGAGAUGACUUGAAGGCAUCUCAGAAACCAUACUCAGCUCAACGAAGUGGUAUGCAAAAUCAUGCAAACAAGUAUGGAUCAGCAGAUGUUCCCUCUACUGGGGAGAAUGGAACUAUAAACUGUUUUCCAUCCACCCCGCAUGUCAAUGUGGGCUGCUUGAAAGAUACACAAGGCAACAGAACUGUUGAAUCAGAUUCCCCAACAUUAAAGGGUUCACGUCUGAUGUCAAAUGGAAACUAUUUGGAAAAUCAUGGCCAGACAUCUGCUUAUGGCCACCAGCACUCUGUUCCUCUGACUCAUUCCCCCAUGCAUCCUCAAGUACAUACUACCUCGUCUUCUGGUGGUAGCAGUUUGCAAGCCGGACAAGCUCUUCAAACAGGUUAUGAACUUGCCUUGGUGACACGUAACAGUUCGAAUGGUUUAGGUUCUGUCCUUGGGGAACUUAAACAAGCUAAACUUUCACUGAGUAAACAAAUCAACAGCUCACCACCAACAAUAACUGGAUCCUCAAUCAAAGCCAUGGAAUACUCUAUUCUUGCCACUAAAAUUGGAGACAGAUCAGGUACUCCUGCCGGGUACUCUACACCUUUCAGCCAGCCAACAGAUUUUCAACUUAAAGCAACUACAACCGCCAGCUACCCGGUAUUACCCUCGAGAUUCAGUUCAACGAGCUAUUAUCCUGCACCUUCCACCUAUGAAAUCUCUGCAAGUCCUUAUGUGGAGUCUCGAUCAAAUUAUGUUACUCGAAGUAAUAGGUUUACUUCUCCUACCCCAAGAGCUUUCGCAGAGGUCUCUUCUUCAACUCCUCCAUACAGGCUUGUAUCUGAAACCAACUUAGAGGCAGCCCCACCAUCUUCAAUGAGGUUUAAUCCCCACUCAAGUUCACGUCUUCCCUUUUCUAGUAAAUUUACGUACCCUUCAUAUCCCAUGAUCCCAGAUGUGGUGCCAAAACUACCCUCGGGUGAACUAUUCUCAAGAAAUUUUCCUACGAAUGAGACAAGUCCUCCCUCAUUUUCCUUCUCAACCUUUCGCCCUGAGGUGGUGCCAAGACUACCCUCAAGUGAAGUAUUUUCGAGAAACUUUCCUAUGAAUGAGACAAGUAUGCCACCCUCAUUUUCCGCCUCAGGUUAUGUUCCUCAUAUCAGACCAAACAUGUAUAGUAGUUGAUAUUGUACACAGUACAGUUCUUGGUCAAGAAAGUCCUCAUAUACCUCAAAUGUUUCGAGAAGAGUUUACAUAGGUUAUAUUGUUCUGUAGUUUGUGUAUCAUUUAGUCUAAUCGGGUUACAGAGAAACCAGCAAUGUACCUUUGGAUUUUGAAGCUGUUGCUGUGUACUAGGUGUGUUGUAAAAUGUCAGAAAUAUCAAAUUUAUUGGCUGGUGCUAUAGUUUUCA